GUAAGAAAUUGAAAUUCUAUCCCAAUGGUUCUUCCUAGAGCCUUAAAUUAUUUUCCUGUUCUUUUCUUGUGCAUUUUUGUUUCGUCUCCAGCAUCUGCAGAUUCAAGAGUAAGUCUCUGCCAUCCCCUGUGAACACAAACCUUACACAUUGUAAACACUCAUUUUAUAUCAACUUAUCAAGUGAUGAUACUUUCUCUGCUGGUUACAGUGGAAUGCUGUAUAUGGGACUAUGGGAGGGAUGUUAUUUCUAAGAGAGAUCAUGAGUAUAAACAAGACUGGUUGAACCAUGGUGGGGAUCUUCACAACAGGAGAUUUGCUGAAGGAGAAACUGAAAUUAGCCCAGCAACGGUUUGCAAUCUGCAUUUGAAAUGGGAGUUUUAUGCAGGCAGAGACAUAACCGCAACACCAGCUAUCUUUGAUGGAACCCUCUAUUUUCCUAGUUGGAAUGGGUAUAUUUAUGCUGUUAAUGCUUUGGAUGGAUCUCUUAUUUGGAACCUAAACUUGAAAGAGCUUGGUUUUAAUGCUACUGGAUUCGUUUCCAACAUUAACACAACAGUAUCAAGAGCAACCCCAACAAUAGCAGAUGAUCUAGUUAUUGUUGGAAUCUAUGGACCUGCUGUUGUUAUUGGUGUUGAAAGAUCAAGUGGAAAGCUUGUCUGGUCAACCAAGCUUGAUAACCAUCCUGCCUCUGUUAUCACGAUGUCUGGAACUUAUCAUAAUGGGACUGGAAAAUGAUGAUUAAAAGAAGUUAAGGAAUAUCUUUUCUUAAUCAUGUUUUGUUGAACUGUAUACUGUCUUGCUCAAUGUGUUUUGCAUUAAAUUUAUCCUCCCCAGUUAUUUCUAUGUCGGUACGUCUUCUUUAGAGGAAGAACUACAUACAUGGAGUACAAGGGGUACUCACCCAUACAUUACAUUAAAAGUUCAAUAAGUUA